AUGGUGACCACAGUGUGCAAAGAACGCGAGAGGGAAGGUGUGCUGUGCGACAGGUACAACUACUUCCUGGCGUUGGACGAGCCGCCGCGCGUCGAGCCCGCCCGGCCCCGCGCGCCGCUGCGGCCGCGCGACAUCAAGCCCACCCUGCCCAAGUCCCGGCAGCCCGCGCGCGCCAGGGACUCCACGUCGGAACCGCCGGGCCCCGCCUCCCGCCACGCACAGGGGUGCGGGGGCGGGCGUCAGAGCGGCAGCGGUAACGGCACCACCUCCACCACCACCACCAGCUGCAGCAGCAGCGGCGGCAGCUCGGGCAGCCGGCAGGACGCGCGCAUGCGGCGCCGCGACCCCGAGCUGAUGCCGGCCGUCACGGUGAACGACGCGCGCCUGCACCACGCGCGCCACCUGCCGCCCCACGCGGCCGGGCCCGAGCCCAGCGAGCCCGAGCGGGUGUUCCGCGCCGCCGGCUGGGACCCCAUCAUGACCCAGCAGCUGGAGCGCGAGAUCGUGCAACGCAACCUGAAGGUGCGCUGGGACGAGAUCGCCGGCCUGCAGAACGCCAAGACCAUCCUGCAGGAGGCCAUGGUGCUGCCGGUGCUCAUGCCCGAGUUCUUCAAGGGCAUCCGCCGGCCGUGGAAGGGCAUCCUCAUGGUGGGGCCGCCGGGCACGGGCAAGACCAUGCUGGCCAAGGCGGUGGCCACCGAGUGCGGCUCCACCUUCUUCAACGUGUCUUCGUCCGUGCUCACUUCCAAGUACCGAGGGGACUCUGAGAAAAUCGUGCGUUUGCUUUUCGACAUGGCCAAGUUCUACGCGCCCAGCACCAUCUUUAUCGACGAAGUGGAUUCUUUAUGCUCGGUGCGAGGCGCGGAUUCGGAGCACGAAGCGUCUCGACGUUUCAAGUCGGAACUCCUCAUCCACAUGGACGGCCUGGACGCCGAGCAACACGAAGAGGGGAAAUACGUCAUGGUUCUGGCCGCUACAAAUCACCCUUGGGACAUCGACGAAGCGUUUCGGCGACGGUUCGAAAAACGAAUAUACAUUCAACUUCCGGACGAAACCACCCGCCGUGCACUACUUGAACUGUGUUUGAAGACAUUGGCAGUCGAAAACGAUAUCGACGUUUCAAACCUCGCCCAAAGAUUGGACGGAUAUUCUGGGGCGGACAUCACCAACGUAUGUCGCAAUGCCGCAAUGAUGUCAGUUCGACGUGAAAUUGCUGGCCGAACUACAGAGGAGAUCAAAAAUAUUAAGAAGGAAGACAUUGAUUUGCCUGUAACAGCCCAAGAUUUCGAAGAUGCUCUUGCAAGAUGUAAGGCUAGUGUGUCCAAGAAAGAUGUAGAGAGAUACGAACAAUGGAUGGGCGAGUAUGAAUCUUGUUAA